AUGCGCUUUCUAGCCUUCAACUUCCGCCGCAUGCCAUUCUACCACCAAGUUGUGGACCGUCUCCGAGCAGAUCCAUCCGCUACCUUCCUCGACGCCGGCUGCUGUUUCGGACAGGAAAUCCGUUACCUAGUAGACCAAGGCAUACCCGGAAAGCAGCUCUACGGAUGUGACCUCGAGCAGAUAUUCAUUGACCUCGGAUACAAGCUCUUCCGAGACAAAGACCGUCUCGAAGCCACCUUUGUGACAGGUGAUCUCACCGCAGACGAUCCCGCGUUCGCAGGGAGCCCGUUAUCACAGACCUUGUCGGGAAAUAUCGAUAUUAUCUUUGCAAGCUCUUUGCUCCAUUUAUGGGACUACGACACGCAGGUUCGGGCUGCGAUACGUCUGGUUCAGUUGUGUCGGGACAAACCAGGUGUCAUGAUCACUGGACGCCAGCUUGGGAGCCGGUUGGGUGGUCAUUAUCCCAUACAUGGUGUGGAAGACAAUGCCUUGCAUUAUCGGCAUAAUGUUGAGUCGCUGAAAGGGUUUUGGCGUGAUGUUGAAAUCGCUACGCAGACGAGGUGGAAGCUUGAGGCGACCUUCUUUGUUGACGAUGCGGUGGAGCAGACGAGAAAAGUGGUUCCGGAUUAUGAUAGUAAUGCGACGAUGAUAUGCUGGUGUGUGACUAGGGAGUGA